GGCGCUGCGCGUGUGUGGCUGGGUACUGAUGAGGACUGAGUAGCUUCUGCUAAACCGUUACCGGGACUCUGUGUCACUUCAGAAGGAUUGGAAUUCGCCGGUGUCCCGUUCAGGGAUGCUUUGGUUUCACUGCUCAGGUUUUGAUAUUUGGUCGAUGGGCAGCAAGUGGCACUGAAUGGUAGCUGAGCAGCUCUCCAAAGCAUUGCAGAAGCUGGGAUGUUGCGCCAGAACGGAGGAAGUAACAGACGUGGUUUGGGAUUUUCCCGGUUCUCUACCUCAAACAUUUUUGCCAUAUCGAACUCUGCCAGCUGGGGAAUGGGACGUAGUACGAAAAGCAAUUCGCUGAGCAGUAUCAGCACCAACUCGGAUUAUGACAACUCUGUUGUGGAUCCUGAAUACAUAAUGUUGCUUGUGAAUGAUGUUAGGAAGUUUGCAGACGUACUCCUGUUCCUCAAAGAAGCGUUUGUGUCAACAGAAAAUCAAGAAAGCUUGCACCAUGUGGUCCAUGAGCGCCUUGGGGAGUUGUUACGAAUACUGAAAGCUGUUAUCAAUAAACACCACAUCCUUAAUUCUGUUGAUAUUCUUGGAGCUGCUGGCACAGUGAUUGCUAAAGUCAAAGACACAUAAAGAGAAUAAGCAGAAGAGGGGCUUUGAAUAUAAGGCCAGUGAUGAAAGUCAGUGGAAAGAUAUCAGACUUUCUGACUAGAAUUCAAGGGUGCAUUCACACAAUCCUAUGCUAGCCAUUAAUGUCCAGUGGUCUUUAUAUUCUCAGAUACGCAACUGUUCUUCACUUGGAUAUUUUGGCCAGUUUCAUUGAAUAUGUGCAAUGGCACACGAGUCCUCUCAUAAGUGGCCAAUCACAAUGAGCUUGCUCAGAAGGUCUUUUCUGUGACACAAAUUGAAACAAAAAGUAUAAUUCUGAUUGCAUCAGUAGCAAUAUUUGACGACUUAUAUAACCUAUGGCCACUAAGUUGCUGUGAUCAGUCGGUUUCUAAAAAGUCGUGCGAGUCACCGCAGCAAAUUGUCAUGUCUAUCUUCUCUCUUUGGAACAUUGUGCCCACAUUGUGAUCACAUUGUGAUUCAGAAGGGUAGAUGCCUUAUCUUUGAAGCUAUUGUUUUUAUUUUGCUUGCCAACUGCUUUCUUCCAUAACUAAGGCAACCCUUAUGCGGAGAGGUCAAUAAUCUGAAUCAAAUCUGAUAAAAUAUUAUUAUCUUAUACUUAACAUUUAGGAUUGAUUCAUAACUAAAAUAAAUACACUGAAACUGAUUUUAAGUUUUCCUAUAUUUUACAUUUUUGUUUUGUGGUCCCACCUAUAUAUUAUGCAUAAUACAUUUCCCUGAUUUUACAUUUUCCUAGAUUUUACACAAUUUUUUUCUGGUCCCCUGAAAAACUUGAAAAUGGGGGUUCUACUGUAAGUUGACGUAAGACAGAAAAGGCAUAAUGUUUGGCUCUGUGUGCAUUUAGAUUAAAGUGCUAAUGACACAUUCUUUAAAUUAAUAGUGUUACUAACAAUUUUUUUUUUUUUUUUUACAAAGCUGCCCCUAAGCAACCUACAGCCUAGUGAUACUUACCUCUCCUGCUACACUGGGCUGGGGGCAAAGUGAUCCUUCCUUAGGGCCAUGGAGGUCAACAAAUCUCCCCAAAAUUCCUCUCCACUAGUAAUAACUGAAAUUGUCAUUGGUAAGACCAACACAUUGCUUCGUUCUGCUGAACUUGCGUUGGAAGGAAACUUCAGCCGACUUUGCAAUGUGUAGGUUUCACCACGGCCAUUUCCCUUAUUGCCUUUGGAGAGGCAUUUUUGGAAGAUUUGUCGCCCACAGUAGUGCAUUUUUAUCGCUGACUACAAACCUCCCUUUACCAAUUACCCUUAGGCUUGAGUACAAAUGUAAACAAGACACUUUCAUAGCAAAGGAUUGCUCUGCCCUCAGCCCAAUAUGAGUGACAGAACCUGCCCAUUCAGUCUCAGACAAUAUGUCAGCUUGUAGCAAGAAGUAAGGUCCACUGGGCUGGAUAAGGGGCAGCUUAGUAAUAUUGACACAUGCUUGAUUAGCAAGGUAAGAACCUCCAGCUAUCACCCAGUAUGAUUUCUUUUUUUUUUUCUUCCUCUCUCUAAUUUUCUAGCUGUGAACUUCAAAAACAUUAAUGAGGAGAACAAGAGGGAGCAAUUCAGUGAAAUCUUUUCAUCUAUUGACUCAUUAGCCUUCACCUUCGGUAACGUUGUGUCGGACUUCCUUAUGGGAGAUGUAGACAAUGGGUCAACACUGGGACUUCAUGCAUCACGUAGGAGUCGGUCUUUUGAAAACAUUUCUGUGGACGAUUCAGCUGGAUUAAUUCACGAGAGGGAUGAUAUUCCAGGGCACCUUAGGGCAGAAGAAGUGGACAACAUGCUUCUGCGGUACGACAGUGGAAUUGAAUCUGCUCUAUCGUAUGCUAAAGCUUGGUCAAAAUACACCAAGGAUAUUCUUGCCUGGGUAGAGAAAAGGCUUAGUGUGGAAAUUGAAACUGCUAGAAACCUUGCAAAAAUGGCUGAAAAUGCAAAAUCAUUGGUUAAUAAUCAGGAAUAUAUGCCAUUCCAACCCAUCUUCACAGCAGCUUUUCAGAAUGAUAUGGAGAGCAGCCAAGCAUGUUUUCAAACAAUCGGUGCUCUUCAAAGCAACAAGUUCAUCCAGCCUCUCCAAGCUAGGAGAUCAGAGCUUGAUAGACAAAGGAAGGAAAUGAAAGAUCUUUGGCAGCGAGAGCAGAAAAAAAUGCAAGAUCAGGAGGCAGCUUUACGCAAAGCUAAACUAUUAAAUGCCCAGCGACUAGAUGAACAUGAGAAAGCAAAGUCCAGUACAAUGCGGGCAGAGGAGGACCUGCUCAGCAUAAGUGGGGGACUUCUGAAAGAUGGCAGCAAACAGCUGGAAAAAAGGCGACGUCUAGAAGAGGAAGCUUUGCAGAAGGCAGUAGAAGCUAAAGAAUAUUACAAAGUUUGUAUGGCAGAAGUUGAAGAGAGGAGGAUUUCUAUGGAAAACUUCAAGAGUGAUCUUUUAACGCAAGUUCGAGAACUUAUUUAUCAGUGUGAUCUCACUCUUAAAGCUGCAACAGUGAAUCUGUUCCAGUUACAGCAUAGCCAAGUAGUAUCCCUUCCAGUGAAUUGCCAGACCCUGUGUGAGAAUGCCAAGCUUUAUGAGCCAGGACAACAGUAUUCAGAUUUUGUCAAAAGCUUGCCCAAAGAGGAUGGUCCCAUAACAAACAUUGGAGGGUCACUUCUGUCUAAACGACAAGAAGAUAAUGUUCAUGCAUCACAAGGCAACUUAUCUCAAGGCUCAGGAGAAUUCCCAUCUCAGCCCCCUGAUGACAUCGGCAGCCCUCUUUAUAGACGAUCUAACAAGAUGGAGCAGAAAAGGUCCAGCAGCAGCAUAGAUAUUCCUGGUAUAAGAGGGGCACCACCUUUUAGAUCUUGGUCUGUAGGAAACCAAAGUGGAGGCAUGUGUAGUGAUUCAGAAAGUGCAGGAGGCAGCAGUGAGUCCCGUUCUAUGGAUUCUCCAUCUGCAAGCCCAGGGGGUUUUAAGAGGAGGCUUCCCAGGACACCAUCUACAGGAACUAUGUCAUCCGCUGACGAUCUUGAUGAAAGGGAACCGCCCUCACCUUCUGACAAUGGCUUGAAUGACCUUGUUUCCGAGAUUGCCAAUUCUCCAGGACCGUUUAGAAAUACAGUUAUGUCUAAGGCAGCCCAGACACACAAGCUGCGAAAAUUAAGAGCUCCAUCUAAAUGCAGAGAGUGUGACAGCUUGGUGGUGUUUCAUGGGGCAGAAUGUGAAGAGUGUUCUCUUGCUUGCCACAAGAAGUGUUUAGAGACACUGGCCAUUCAGUGUGGACACAAAAAGCUUCACGGAAGACUUCAUCUGUUUGGUGUGGAAUUUACUCAGGCGGCUAAAAACACCCGUGAUGGCAUUCCUUUUAUUAUAAAGAAAUGUACAACAGAAAUUGAAAGCCGAGCAUUAACCAUAAAGGGUAUCUAUCGUGUAAAUGGAGCAAAGUCUCGGGUUGAAAAGCUAUGUCAAGCUUUUGAGAAUGGAAAAGACUUGGUAGAGCUGUCGGAUUUAUAUGCACAUGACAUCAGCAAUGUUCUUAAGCUCUACCUUCGCCAGCUCCCUGAACCACUGAUUGUAUUUAGACUCUAUAGUGAGUUGAUUGGAUUGGCAAAAGAAAGUCAACGCUCUAGUGAAGAAAGGGGGGAUUCCUCAACUAGCCCCACAUUAAAGAGACUGCCUUCCGGUGUUGAACUGAAUAGAGUUAUUCUUAAAAUAAGAGAUCUUUUGAAACAGUUGCCAGAAUCAAACUAUAACACACUACACUACUUAAUUGGGCACCUACACAGGGUAACCGAAGAUGUGGAAGAAAAUAAAAUGUCAGCCAGCAACCUUGGCAUAAUAUUUGGGCCCACUCUGAUCAGACCACGUCAGACUGAUGCCACAAUAUCUCUUUCCUCUCUUGUGGAUUAUCCAUAUCAAGCACGAAUUGUUGAACUACUUAUAACAUAUUAUGAUAGGAUAUUUGAUGUGUCAAGAAAGAUGGUAAAUCCUGAAGAAAGUCAACCUGAAACAGUGAGGUCUACAGUUGAGAGACAACCUCAACAAAUCAGGAAAUCACAGUCAUUACCUGUCGGAAAGGAAGAAUUUUUACUGUCCCAACGAGCCAGCUCUUUGGAUGGAAAUUCAUUCGAAUUCAAAGGUGUAGAAGAGAGAGAAGAGAAACAAAGCAUGGCUGUACUAGAAGAGAUUGAGAAUAACUGCUGUCCAAGUGAUGAUAAUGAUAACAUGGAUUCCUCAUCAGAAAUGGUCAGUCCUAUGUCUGCAUUGCAUGACGGUGCUUUAGAGGAGCCUGAUCCCAUUUCAGAAGGAGAAGUCAGCCCUGCUAAAAUGAAUGUGGAGGAACUGUAUAAAACAAGCCUUUCUGCUCAUGGAAAAUCUUACCAACAGUUAACCAAAGUUCAGUUGAGGCUUCCUAGAGCCAGACCAGUGGUUCGUCCUGUCAGUUUACCUGUGGAUCGAAUUCUUACUCCCUCGGUGUUGAAGGAAAAGAAUUCCAGAAAUGUUGGUGUUUCUAGUGCAGACCAACUUGGCAAGAGUCCAAUUAUUGAAGAGGUCUCGGAUAACAAACCAUUCGCUACUGUUAAUAUAUGUCACAGACUUUCCUGUUAUGACACCCAAGGUCAAAGGAAAACAUGGGAUAAGCAAUACAAACAGUAUGACAUUACUCCACGGACUGCAAUGAUUAUGACCAAUGUUCCUCAAGAAAUCCGAGCACAUGAGUCAGAAUCUGCAGUCACUAGUUUGUCCUCUAACGUUAAUUCAUUAAAUUCCACAAUUCCCAAAAUACCUGUAUCUCUUGCCAAAGCGAGUGUGAUGGCAAGCGAAGGAAAUUGCGCUGAGGCCAUUUCACUUUUGCCUUUAAGGGCGCCGAGAACUUUGCAGCCUCCCCCGGGAACUUUUUACAAUCCGCCAUCAAAUAAAUCAAGGCAAAGUGAAGAGACUACUCAAAGUAACAUAGCAUCAGUAAGCUCAGCUAAAAUACACAGCCAGUUUAACAAUAAUAACGUGAAUCUUGUUGCAGAUUCAGAUGUAAAAUCUGACAUACAUGAACAAAACAAAAGCCCAUGCAAAAUCAAUGACUUCCAGACAACUGAAAUAAAGCCCACAUAUCAGAGACUUAGACCAAAACGCAUGCAAGAGCUCGAACACAGAGAAGCACACUUUGUGUAGACUGAAUUCAAGUGCUGCCAUCUUGUUAAUAAUGGGAGAAACUGUGCCAAUGUUUUUUUGUAUUGCCUUAACUGGAAAAAAGACAUGAAGUAAAGUGUGAAUUUUUGUUCUAUAGAGGAAAAUCUGUUUGUUUUCAUUCCUCUAAUACAGGGAUCCCCAAGCUUUUGAACCUAUGAGCAACAUCAGAAGUCAAAUGAAUCGGGGAGAAACUCUAGCAUGAAAAAUGUUCUUGGGGUGCCAUAUAAGUUCUGUGGAUUGUCAACCUACAUUGAGGCUCAGUUUAGCAGUACACCUGGUUUUUAUACAACCAAAACUUGCCUCCAAGCCUGGAUUUCAAAAAUAAGCUCCUGCUUUGAGGCCACUGGGAGAAACAUUCAAGGGGUUGGAGAGCAACAUGUUGCUCACGAGCUACUAGUUGGGGAUUACUGCUCUAAUAGAAUCCUUGUAUUCUCAGAAUAUUUAGGCUACAACCCCUUCUGCCUGUUUCCCAACAGCUGGAGGGCCACAAUGAAGUUGCAUAGACCUGGUAUAUAAGGUGCACUUAAUAAGGUAUGAUAUUAAAAUGAAUGUGCUUAUUUAUAACAAGACACAGUAUGGAACUGUGGAACAAAUUUGUUUUUUAACUGUAAAUUUGUGUAGCGAGAUGCAUUUCCUAUAACAGCAGCAAAGCAUUUGGACUUUGCUGAUUGACUGCAUUUAAUCUGUGCAAUUCAUGCGUGCUUCUUUUUAGAUAAUGGAAAAAAAAGCCUUUAUUGAAUUUUGUGGAUUAUAACUGUACAUUUUACACACUUUUUUUUGUUUUCAUCAAUUGCUAUUUUUUUAUGUGUUGUCACUUUAAUGUCAUUUUUUACAGAGAUGAUGCACUUACUUUGGUUGAAUUGACAAACCAUGUAAAAUAUAACUUAAAAUGUGAAAUAAAUUCAGUUUCUUCAUAUCUAUUGUAAAUAGGUCAAUGUACAAGUUUCAUUUUCUGCCACAUUUCUUUUGUCCAGACUUGGAUUUAAAUCCUGGUUCUGCUUUUUCACUAUAUUUUUUGGUAGUAAGUUAUUUAGUUGCCACUAUAUACACAAAUAAAAUAAUGACUGUUGCUAAUAGGUAAUCUUUUACAAUCAACAGACUACCAAAAAUGUGACUGAAUUCAGUUUUUUUUACAGUGCAACUGUUACAUACUCUCAAGCAAGUAUAUUAACUUUUAACAUAUUCAGAGUUUUAUCAUUUUGGUUUCUUUUAACUUAUUAAAAUGUAGAAUAUCCGACUUUGACUACGUUUAAUGCUUGAUUUCACAUGAGCAUAUUCCCAAUAUGAAAUGGAAAGCAAUCUGUGCACACGUGUAUUGAAAGGAGUUUUGCAUAUUAUAAAUAUAAGGUAUUUUAUAACAUUAAUCUAUGAAGCUUUUUUUAAGGCAUCAACCAAAAAUAAAAUAUUUUAAGUAAUCAAA